AUGUCGCGGCCGCCGAGCGCGCUCCCGGCCCAGCCGCCCCCGGCGGCGGCGGCGCGGGCGCUGCGGCGCGCGGCGCGGUUCGUGCGGCGCGCGCUGCCGCUGUGCCGCGCGCACACCGUGGAGUUCUUCACGCGCGGGCUCUGGGAGCGGCUCGUGGCGCCGCGCCCCGACGCCGUGCUCGAGGCGCUGCGCGCGGCCGGGCCGCUGGCGCGCCCCCUGGCGGCGGGCGCGGGCGCCGCGGCGGCUCCGUGCGACGAUGACAUCUUUUCCAGUGCAUUUUGUGAAAACUCUGAGAAGCUUAUCAAUGUACAUUUGUUUGCCCUGGCUGCUAAGUAUUAUUCUUUGCCCAACCUUGGAGUGUGUACCCCACUAGAAGAUAUGCUUGAAGCACUGAAAGGAGACAGUGAAGGAGCAACAGGUAUCAAACCAGAUGAGUUUAUGAAUAAUAAGAAAUCACAUGAAGUGAAGGUGAUGUCAGAUCUGGUAGACAGCAUAGCAAAUUAUUGUGGGAUAAAGCAGGUGAUUGAUAUAGGUUCUGGAAAAGGCUACCUGAGUUCAUUUUUGUCCAUGCAAUAUAACUUAAAAGUUUAUGGAAUUGACUCCUCAAGCUCCAACACAAAUGGUGCUCAUGAAAGAAAUAAAAAAUUGAAGAAACACUGGAGAGCAUAUCAGAGUCGAGGAAGGGAAAACCUCAAAAGCCAGAGUUUGGAAAAGUCAAACAACAGGCCAAUGGAAAGUGGAAUUAACUGUAAAACAAUCAAUGAAGAGCUUUUAAGUAAUGCAAACAGUCUUCAAAAUCAGGACCGAGUGAUUAUCCAAGAUUUAGUUCCUUCUUUUGGUUGCACAGAAACGGCUACACCUGAAACCAACACAGAAACUGAAGCUGAUUUAGUGACUGGGGCACAAUUUCAUGAGACCAAACUUUCUGAAGAGGUUCUUGCUGUUCUAAAUAUUCUUCCUGCUGAUGCUGUAGAAGAUUUUUCUUCAUCUCGUUAUAGCUUUGGGGAGCUCUGUGAAGAGGAAAAAGUACAAAGGAAAAUGACAUCUCUCAAGAGUAAAGCAAGAAAGUCAAGUGAAUCGAACCUGUAUUUUCCAUUGACCUCUUGCAUCACUGCAGAAACAGAACUCAGUGACAUCAUAACAGAUCUGGAGGACUGUAUGAUGGUGGGUCUACAUACAUGUGGAGAUCUUGCUGCAAAUACACUACGAAUUUUUACUGCCAAGCCUGAAAUCAAAGCCGUUUGCAGUGUGGGCUGCUGCUACCAUCUGUUGUCAGAACAGUUUGAAAACCAAGAAGAAUGCCAGGACCAAGUCUGGGGAUUUCCCAUGUGCCAGUACUUGAAGGACAAAGGCUGGUGCUGUGGUCGCAAUGCUAGGAUGUCAGCAUGCUUGGCUUUGGAGCGAGUUGCAGUUGGCCAAAUGCUGCCUACAGAAUCACUGUUUUAUCGAGCUGUUCUUCAGGUUAUUAUAGAAGAAAUUUAUGGUGUCACCAAAAGUGAUCGACAUGUUGGAAAAACCUUCUCCAAAUCAUCCUCCUUCGUAGAUUAUGUCAGACGAUCUCUGAAAAAGCUGGAACUGGAUGAUUCAAAGCUCCCAGACAGCUGUAUAAUGGACUACUAUGAAAAGUACAAGCACAGAAUGAAUGAGCUUGAAGCAUUUAAUAUGUUGAAGGUUGUUCUGGCUCCUUGCAUAGAAGUUUUGAUACUUCUGGAUCGUCUUUGCUACCUAAAGGAGCAGGAAAACAUUGCCUGGUCUGGACUUGUGAAGUUAUUUGAUCCUGUGAAGUCCCCCAGAUGCUAUGCAGUUAUUGCUCUGAAGAACCAGUCAUGUUCUUAAGUGGAAGCAAAUUGCAGAGAGGUUGGAAAUUCUGAAUUGAUAGUGCUUUUUUCUCCAUUUUAUUCUGUUAUUUUUAACUGAUUCCUCAAGUACAGUGUUUGUUUUUCGAUGCAAAAGAAAAAAGUGCAAUGUCUCUUUGAAUCUCCAGAAAUAAAUAUCUCUUUUACAAAUA